AUGUUUAAAAUGAUAAUUAUAAGGUACAAGUUAAUGUUAUUAUGUGAACAAUAUAAAAAUAAUUAAAAAAAAUUAUAUAUUAAAUUAUUGUUACGUGAUAUCAGCAAAAUUAAUACUUCUUUAAAAUAAAAAUCAAUAAGAAAUUCUGUCAAUUAUAUAAAUAUUAUUUAUAAAAUCGAAAUAUGAAUAGAUUACAAUUAUAUUUUCAAACACUUAAAAAUAUAAAAUAUAUAAAUUAUGAAGGUUGUAGACAUAUUAAACGAUGGGUAGCUCCAACGCAAAGGGAAAUUACAAAAAGAAAGAAGAAAUUACCACCUCAAAUUGAACCACAUCGUAACAGUUUUAUUGAAUGGAAUAGAAAUGCAGAAAUAUAUGCAUUUAAUGAAAGACUUUCAGAAAAAUUUAAUAUUGAGAAAUUGAAUCAAGCAUUUAUACACAAAUCAUAUAUUCUUAAAGAAAUAAAAAAACAGAAAGAAAUGGGAAUAAAAGAACCUAUAUUUGAUAUACAAAAUAAUGAGGAAUUUAUUGAAAAAGGAAAGGAAAUAACAUCAGCAGUUAUAAAAAAGUAUCUAAACCAAAAUUUAUCACGUCUUCCUGAAAGUGGUAUUAUAGCAUUUCAUGACUAUCUUAUGUCUCAAGAACUAUUAGCCACAGCAUCUUUGCAUAUUGGAACAAAAGAUAUUAUUUUGACUGGUGAAUAUCCUGUAUCCCAAGAAACAUUGGCACAAACAUUUCUAGCACUUGUGGGAGCGCUUGCAGAGAGUGUUGAUAUCAAUCACACAGGUAUUUUUGUUCGAGAUUUUUUAAUAGCAGGAUUAGCCAGCAAAGAUUUAACUGAAAUAUGGUGUCCAACUAAACCAUUUGAAAUAUUAACUGAUAUGAUUUCUAUGGAAAGGAUAAUUAUAGAAGCAAGACUUAUUGGACAAGCUGGCAAGAAUACAAUUUUAUCAGUUUAUCAUAUUGGAAUUUAUGCAAAUAAAGAAUAUUUGGGAUCAGGUUUUGGACAAACUAUUGCAGAGGCAAAAGAUGUAGCUGCCAUUAAUAUAUUAUCUCAGAUGUGUGGAUUAUUACAUUCAAGUCAACCAUUACGAUUUAAUGAAAAAAUAAAUAUAUCUGCUUAAAAACAAUUGUUAUAUGAUAAAAAUUGUAUACAAAAUAUUUAAAAUGUUUAAAAAUAUAAAUUAUAGCUAU